AGCACGAUAGCAACUUUAUAAUGAUCAAGGAAUGGGUCAGCGAAGAUCUCCAGGAGGAGCUGUUUGCGCAUACGCGGCGCCUACGGGAAGGAAAGGAGGACGACGACCUAAAAGGUCUUAAAGAGCUAAAGGUGAACGAUCGGAACAAGGAUAAAAUGUAUCUUGUGAGAAAGAAGGAGCCGGGUCGAAAACAUUGGAUCUUUACUUAAUAUGAUUAAUAUUAACAUGGCAUCUGCUGUUAUGAAUUCGAG